CACACCGAAGUCGUCCGCGCAUCUCUCGGCGCGCUGUGCCGGAGUUGGUUUCCGAUUUUCGGGUGGUGGUCGGCGGCUCACCGCGUGCGGGUUGGUGAUUUGACGACGCCGCGGUGCCUUUCGUCCAGGCACCGCUAACUGUGCGGCGCCAUGGGCAACACCGACUCCAAGCUCAACUUUAGGAAGGCCGUGAUACAACUGACGACGAAGACGCAGCCAAUCGAGGCCCGUGACGAGGCAUUCUGGGAGCAGUUCUGGGGUGAGUCCGGGCUGCAGAGCGUCCAGGAUGUGUUCGCCCUGGUGCCCGCGGCCGAGAUCCGGUCGUUGCGUGAGGAGGCCCCCUCGAACCUGGCCACCCUGUGCUACAAGGCGGUCGAAAGGCUGGUGCGCGCCGCCGACUCUCUCUGCAACACGGCUGCCCAGCAAACAGCCGUGCUCAACUGUGUGCGGCUGCUGACACGCAUCCUGCCGUACAUCUUUGAGGACUCGGACUGGAGAGGCUUCUUUUGGUCCAGCCUUCCAGGAUCAGCCGAGGACGACACAGCUGCCAAUGGCGGAGCACAGACGGAGUCGCUGGCCCAGUCACUUAUCACAGCACUAUGCGAUUUGCUGUUCUGCCCUGAUUUCACAGUGUCCUGUUCGAAGAAGUCUGGCCCUGAGCAACCCGAGGAGCCAUGGUCCCUGGACAGCUGCGAGUACAUCUGGGCGUCGGGCGUCGGCUUCGCCCACUCGCCGCCCUGCGUGCCGCAGCACGACCAGAACCGGCUUGAGCUACUCAAGCUGCUACUCACCUGCUUCUCGCAGACCAUGUACCUCACUUCGCAGGAGGCCCACCAGCAGCCCAACAAGUGGAUUCAUUUCUUCACAUCAGCCGACAACAGACAUGCGCUGCCACUGUUCACCUCGCUGCUGAACAUCGUGUGCGGCUACGAUCCCGUCGGCUAUGGCCUGCCCUUCAACCACCUCCUCUUCGCCGACCAUCGGGAGCCCCUAGUCGAAGUGGCCCUGCAGCUACUUGUGGUCACCCUGGACCACGACUUCCGGCCACCCCAGCAGCAGAACAAUGCUGGCAGCAACGGCGCAGGCCCCGAAGGCGAGGCCUGGUGUGAGAACCUGUUCAUCAACUACCUGUCACGCAUCCAUCGAGAGGAAGAUUUCGCAUUCGUGCUGAAGGGCUUCACGCGGCUUCUGAACAACCCGCUGAUGCGCACCUACCUGCCCCACUCGGCCAAGCGCAUCGCCUGCCACCAGGAGCUGCUCGUUUUCUUCUGGAAGAUGUGCGACUACAACAAGAAAUUUUUGUUCUACGUGCUGAAGAGCUCCGAAGUGCUGGACAUCCUGGUGCCCACGCUGUACCACUUGAACGACGCCCGCGCUGAUCAGUCCCGUGUCGGCCUGGUGCACAUUGGCGUGUUCAUCCUGCUGCUGCUGAGCGGGGAGCGCAACUUUGGCGUGCGGCUCAACAAGCCGUACUGUGCGAGUGUACCCAUGGACAUUCCAAUCUUCACGGGCACCCACGCCGACCUGCUCAUCAUCGUUUUCCACAAGAUAAUCACCACCGGUCACCAGCGACUGCAGCCCCUUUUUGAUUGCCUUCUCACCAUCAUUGUAAAUGUUUCACCUUAUCUGAAGACUUUGUCCAUGGUGGCCAGCACCAAGCUGCUUCAUCUACUUGAGGCGUUCAGCACACCGUGGUUCCUCUACUCAAACCCAACCAACCACCACUUGGUGUUCUUUCUGCUCGAGAUCUUCAACAACAUCAUCCAGUACCAGUUUGACGGCAACUCAAACCUCGUGUACACUGUUAUUCGGAAACGGCACGUGUUUCACGCACUUGCAAACCUGCCCACCGAGCAAGGCACAAUCGAACGCUCCCUGAGCCGGCGCUCCCGCAGCAAGGGCCCCACUCCCAGCGUCCCCACCACGCCCUCCGAGGAGGCCGUCCCUCCUCCGGCCACGCCCACUGCAGAGUCCGAGACCCAACCACCGCCAGAGGAAGCACCGCCCUCGUCAAGCUUCAAUGCCACUCUAGCCGCGACUCCACGUCUAGAUAAAAUGACCGAGCAGGCACAUCCGGCCUCUUCGCCUACAGGCAGCACAGCCACAAGUCCGGUGCAAAAGUCUCCGCCUCGGAGUAUUUCCAAGGGUAGCGGUGGAGGGCUUGUGCGUGCUGGGAGCAGCGACGAAGAAUGGCGAGGCCCAACGCCUGAGUGGGUGGCAUCGUGGAAGCAGAAGCUGCCCCUGCAGACCAUCAUGCGUCUACUGCAAGUCCUGGUGCCCCAGGUCGAAAAGAUCUGCAUCGACAAAGGUCUGACGGAUGAGAGCGAGAUCCUCAAGUUCCUGCAGCAUGGAACACUUGUCGGACUCCUGCCUGUGCCGCAUCCAAUACUGAUACGCAAGUACCAGUCCAACGCAGGCACCACAAUGUGGUUCCGUACCUACAUGUGGGGACUCAUCUACCUUAGGAAUGUGGACCCCCCCAUCUGGUACGACACAGAAGUACGGCUGUUCGAGAUUCAGCGACUCUAGUCAUGUCAGUGCUUGGCCUCAUCGACAGCCUCAAGACUGAUAGGGAAUCAGAGAAUCUGUGCUAGCAUAGCGCGUAAAACAGUGGUCCACGUGUUCAACAUUAGUGACCGUAGGACACUCGACAGGCUGACCAAUGAUGGAUGGUGUUCCUACAAGUGACGAUUUCUUCGGAUGCAGUGUCGCUUGGCGAGCUGGAAAAUUUUCAUGCCCGCAUCGUCUGGUUUCAGCACUGUCGAAUGCAGAUGAUGCUGUGUUCCGGACUCCUGUUUUGCAUGACCUGCAUUUUUCAUAAGCGGAACAGUGUGUUCUACUCAUGCGCUUCCGGUUUUGAAGCUGUUAAAUGCGGCUUGUCUAUGUUCCUGCCAAGCUGCUCGAUGCACACGCGUUGGUGCGACUGCAUAUGCUGUGAGAGUCAUCAAACAGGCAGCAUUAAGGAUUAGUCAAUGCAACGACUUUUUCGCGUCGUUUGUUAGGAGUACCAAUCGGUCUACUUCUUUCAGUAAGCUUCGCUGUACCGGGUAGACAGCAUCUAGGGUGAACACCUCAUCCGUAUUCGAACUGGUAAAACUAGGAACGUUUGUUGUACUUCGCUAGCGGAAUGCCUGUUGUGAGAUGUCAAAUAUUGGUUUCGACUAAAACGAUACUAGUUUUCAUAUUCAUGUAAUGAGCACCACUUUCUAUGAGGCCUUGAAUACUAAAGAGGCGUUCACCUCGAAUGUGUAUGGCCCUGUACAGCACUGGCAGGAGCAGCAAGGACAGGCUUGACAGAUGAUGUAACAGGUUCCAGCAAUCUUGGUGAUGAGAAAGCUUAAAAUUUUUGCGCAUUUGCUGAGAUCAUAAAUGCAAUCUCACCAAACAUCGGCUUGUUAGGUGGUGGCACUUAAGUUUCGCUGUUGUUCUUAUUAGGCUGAGCUGUGGGGAGUUUUGAUUUUCGUUUCUAAAAUUGGUGUGGUGGUGCUGUGCUUCUUCAAAAGAUGGCGCUGUAAAACUUCUGUGUUUACAUGCCUCACAAUCUAUGGACACUGCAAGAAUAACGGCAACCUCAACUGCUGGCGGCAAAACACUUGCAGU